UGGAGGCGCGGUCCAGUCACCAUCACUUUUGUUGUGCGGGAUGCAGACAGCUGUUGUAAACCUCGACACUACUUUAGCUUUCACGACAACAUGCGACACAACUGCUAUUUAUAACUAAGUAGACUUCGUCUUUGUUGCUAGUGAACGUGUUUGUUGAAGGCAAUUUUGUCCCUAUUAUGAGCACUCAUGGUGAGUGUUAGCUCGUCGGUUUAACCGGUUGCGCUGUGGGCAACUCAAGUUUCCAAGUCAGUCAACAUGGACGGAGUGCUGGACUUCACGGAGUGCAUCGCGGAUUCUCCUGACUUCAGGCUGAAACUGGAUCGCUUUGAAGAGGAUGUUUCUCUGCUCCAGACACAACUGGACAAGGUGACAAUGUUGUGCGGGAAAAUGGCGGAGGCGGGACAAGCGUACACCGCAGCCAAUCAGCUGUUUCUCGCCGGCCUGUCCGAGCUCUUCACUCGUCACAAGGAGGACGGCGUCGUGGGGAAGUGCCUGAUCCAGUUCGAGCAAGGCCUGCAGGAGCUGCUCACGUUCCACAAUAUGUUGUUGGAUCAGAGCCAGCGAGCCGUCAGCCAUCAACUCAGCAGCCUACGCAAGCAGUUCCUGCCUCAUUUGUGGGAGACGCGUGCAGAGUUUGUGCGCAUCGGCGAGGACGUGGCCGUGGCAGCCGACAAGAACGCUCGUGUGUCUCAACGCAAACCGACCGAGGCUGAGAGCGCCGCUCACCUGCUUGUUGCCACUAGGAAAUGCCACCAACACUUUGCCUUGGAUUAUUGUCUGCAGCUCAACACGUUGAAGAUGCUGCAUAAGACAGACAUCUUGAACUCGGUAUUCUCCUUGGUCAACGCUCAGCUGACGUUCUUCCAUCAAGGCUUUGACCUCAUCCGAGAUCUCGAGCCCGCCACGAAGAUCAUGGCCGCUCAGUUGUGCGAGUGGUCGGCUGAAUGUGCGAGCAAGCGGAAAGAUCUGGAGAAUGCUCACCUGCUGGUCCAGCAGGGAGAAGCCUCAGGAGAGACAACUGUGAGGCCGUGUGAUGCAAAUGAUGACGUCAUCCAAGGUUACCUGUUCAAGCGCUCCCGGAGGAAGUCCAAAACGUGGAAGAGGUGCUGGUUCUCCAUCAGAGACAACCAGCUCACUUACAGGAAGUCCCACAAAGAGCCGCCCAUGCUUCUGUUUGAGGACCUGCGACUGUGUGCCGUCAAGUCUUUGGAGGACCUGGACCGUCGGUUCUGCUUCCAACUGAUAUCUGUUCACAAGUGUUGUGUCCUUCAGGCCGACUCGGAGCCCGCAAGGCUGGCGUGGACGUCCGCGUUGCAGGGCAGCAUCGACACGGCGUACCGAGAGCGAGGCCGAGUCUCGUCAACGCAGCCGCUUGAGCCGCAGGAGCCCCUCCCUGCUGACGACGCCGAUCGGAGGAAAGCGGCACUGGCCGUAGCCUCGCGCGGCGCCGGCAACGGUCGCUGCUGCGACUGCGGCGAGGAGGAGCCUCGGUGGGCCGCCGUCAACUUGGCCGUCACCGUGUGCAUCCAGUGCUCCGGAAUACACCGGAGUCUGGGCGUCCAUGUGUCCAAGAUCCGCUCACUCACGCUGGAUUCGUGGGAACCGGAGCAGCUCAAGCUGCUGUGUGUCCUGGGAAACAACACCAUCAAUGAGAUUUUUGAGGCGCGGUGUUCACCCCGAGUCAAACCCACCGCUGAGAGUCCCCGCGCGGAGAAGGAGGCCUGGAUCCGAGACAAAUAUGUGGAGAAGACCUUUGUGAGGCGUCAUGAUGACGACACACAUGCCGCGGACGCCUCGCCGCUGCUGCGUCUCUACCGUGCCGCGGUGGCCGGAGAUUUGGUCACCAUGGUGACAGCGCUGGCCCAGGGGGCGACGGUGAACGGGAGCGUGGCGCAGGAGGAAGGACGCACCGCCCUCAUCGGGGCCGCUCAAGGGGGGUCGCUGUUGGCGUGUGAGUUCUUGCUGCAGAAUGGCGCCAACAUCAACUACAGAGACCGAAGAGGACAAGGAGCUCUGCAUGCAGCAGCCACCGCGGGACACACCGGGCAGGUGUGUCUGCUGCUGAAGCGAGGAGCCAAUCAGUACGCGGUGGAUGAGGGUGGACGCGACCCGCUGGCCAUCGCCGUGGAGACGGCGCACGCGGACAUCGUCACACUCCUCCGCAUGGCCAGAAUGAACGAGGAGAUGCGAGAUUCCGAAGGAGCAUUCGGAGCAGCGGGCGACGACCAAACCUUUCGGGACAUUUUCCGAGAUUUCAGCGACAUGGCGUCGCACGACCCGGAGAAGCUGGCCAGAAGAACCUUUGGGCGACCAGGGGACAACGGGAACGCUUGAACGGGUUACCUCACUGCAAAGUACGUCUUUCGCAGGCGGUCUUUGUGCUCACCUGACUCAAGUACACUAUACCGGUUCCUUCUGCACUGACGGUUUACAGUCAUCCAUUUUUAACAAGAACUAACCUAACUGUUUUCCCCCAUUGUCAAAAAACAACUAGAUUUUCAAUUUUGACGCGAGAUAAUAUGGCACGCAAGAGGUGGAGUUUUACUAAACUUCUCACACAGUCUUAAAUUUAUAUUAAAGGACCACGGACAUCCCUAAAACAUUGUGAAAUAGAUAUUGUAAUGAAAAAUACAUCUAACAUUAAUGACUUCAAUGUCUAUAUGAAAAAAUAAAUGAGCAGAGAGCGUGUCAUCCAUCCGCAAAGAUGUGGAAGCGUCACUCGACAUCGAAGUGUUAGCCAUAUUUCCUGCAACGUCAUCAGCAGACGUCACACUGGGACAUUCGCCAUUGAAAACACGUAGUGGCAGCUGCUUUGGGAGAGGAACAACAGAGAUUUUCGGAUUUUUCCGACGCCCCUUCUGAUACGGAAGCUCUUUUCGAAGAAGAGAACAUCUCACAAUCAAGUGAAGUGACCGGGGAAAUAUCAUUUAUCUAGGAUCUAUCAUUUAAGGCCAUAUUUAGAUGAUAUGUGGAUCACUUCUAAUUAACAACAGAGUCCCCGAGAGUAUGCAGCGGACUCGGCUGCGAACAACGACAAUGCCAUAAAGCCGCCCGGCUCGGCGCCGCGAUGGGCCACCUUGCCGCAGCAAUGAGCCACCCCAGCUCGGCGCCGCGAUGAGUCACCCCGGCCAAAGCCGUGAUUGGCGGACGCGGCAACAAAGCCGUUAUCGGCUGUGAUCGGCACCCCCAACUUUUCCUUUUUUAUUUUUUUAGCAGCUCUAUACACACUUACUUGUCAUUUGGAACCCACGAAGCUCUUGUCCUUUACACCUAUUCAAUCCAUUUUUCACGAUGAACCAAGUCUUUUGGAAAUAUAUGAAGAGUAAAUCCAUCCUCCCGAGUGUUCGAACAAUAUCCAGCAAUACAACGACCCGGCAUUUUGGCUAAUAUGAAGGAACAAAGAGCUACCUUCCUGCAUAUAAACACACGAGGCUGCCUGAGUUGAUUCCUGCUGAAUAACGUCACUUCCUGCUUCCUCUCCAAAACAAAUCCCUCGAGAGGAGUUUAAUGGCGGGAGUUACAAAAAGCCAUAUACGUCAAAGUCAUGUUGUGUGGUGAAAAAACAGAUGGGUCCAUUUCGGGUACCUUUUUUUUUUUUUUUUAAAUUAAAAACAUACUAAAAAGCAUGCUUUGCCUGUCAGUGGCCCCUUAAAUCAAGCUAUUUUCAACUAUCGAUUCAUCCAUUGGAAAAGUAACAGACCAAUGGGCAGACAGACCAAUCGUGACAAUUUGUGAUAAAAAAAAAUGACGUUGACCAUAUUCGGAGGUUUCUGCCAGACAGUGAUGGUAUGAACUACUGUAUAAUAAUGAAAAAAUAUUUCAUGUGGCGCCACCAUCUGGUGAAGGCUGCUAUUGCAUUGAUAACCAGCUAAGAUGCUAACACUUGUGUGACUGGUUGAAUGUAUGUGCCCUGCAAUUGGCAAGCAACAAGUUCAGGGUGUACUCCCCCUCCUCCCUGAAGAUAGCUGGGAUUGGCUCCGGCACUCCCGCGACCGUUGUGAGGAUAAGAGGCUGACAAAAUAGAUGGUUUGUGGAUUUACAUUCCUUUAUGACUGUGUGUUUAUUAUCCAUCCGUCCAAGUUGUUGUAAGUGUAUGCUUUCAGACAGCAAGCGCCACAACUUUCUGCUCAAACUUUUACUAUAUAAGUUUGCAAAAGAAGACAGACAUGAAGUUAUGUCCAGUGUUUAACAUGUUAGCCUAACUGCUAACAUUUUUCAUGUUUACUUUGUCAAAAAGGGACAUUUUGCCUCCUUUGAAGCACCUCCGUAAUCACUUCUGAAUUUCACAAAUGUUUACAAAGCAGCAGUUACAUUUUCAAUAUUGAAAUAUUGGGGAGGGGGGUUAAAGUGAACUUUUCACAUUGCUGCUCACGUAUUUUGUCAUCUUACUGAGGAAUUAUAAAUGGCUGCUAACUUUUUUUUUUAACAAAUUAACCUUUGAGUUACUCACGUAUUAUUGUGUAAUAAACCUUUAAAAACAAAGAAAAUUGAUGUUAUAAUUUUGUACGAAAAUCUUAAGUUUGGGAGGGGCACUAUAGCCUAACAGCUACCCCCCCCAACCUACAACCCCCCAGAAAUGGGUGUAUGCGGUGGAUUAUAUACUUUCGUGAUGGUGAGAGGAGCAUCAAGGCUGUUUCUAAAUUGUACAUUUAACUGAGGAAUGUUUAUAUUCUUAAACUACUUCUUGAUCUGGGUUGUUUGAAGAUGUGUAAAAGAUGCUCUAAAUAUUGUAAAAAAAUGAUUUCUAGCGAUGACUGUGUACAGUUGCUGUUUGUCUUGAAUAGCUGUAAUUAAUGACUUCUUUAUUGCGCUGGUUGGGUUCGGGCAAGGAAUCUUUCAGAUUCUUGCGCUCAAAAUUUGUCAUGUAACUGUUAUAGAAACGUCACUCUUUUAGAUUGCAUCUAAUUGAUGUUUUUGCCUUUUAAAAGUAAUUUUUUUCAGAGAAUCUUCUGUGAGGUAUUUUCUUUUCGUCAGUUCCAUUUUUCUUGUUCUUGUGGGAAGAAUAUAUUGCCUCUCACCGGUAGAUAUUCUGUUAUAGAAUUACAAGGUUAAGUCUGGCUGAUUAUCUUUGUGUUUCAUAUGACAUUUGCCAAUAUCUGCUUUUAUUUUGGAAAUGACUUCUAUUGUUGAUUUUCUGACCACUUUUAUGGCUCAAACAAGAAACUGAAUCAUAAUCAAUUUAUGUUGAUGUCAAUUUGAAAUAACAUCCAC